GAUGGAGGAGAGGAUGUAGCCGCUCGGGCCCGAACUCAUUUUCUGAAAAACACGCAGCGUUCAUUCGGUUUUUAAAAAGCACCGCGACCUCGCGACACGAUGUCCGGUAUCAGGUCCGUGAACGGGAGACUGUCCGGGAUCAACCCCGCUGUCAGUUGCUGUCGAAUGCGCCAGGUCCAGUCUCUUCUCUGCGAGGGAGGUGCCACAGCUCCUGAUGGCGUCCUGUGCUCUCUUGGAAUUGACAGCAGAUAUAAUGGGGGGUGCACUGAGCUGGCGAAAUACCUUUUCUACGGACUCUAUGAAAGAAAUCCGCUGAAUCUGGAUCACGCCCUUGAGGAGUUUCCAGAAGAAAUGCUCGAUGAUGUGAUCCUGCUGAUCAAGGCCGAGUGUGUUCAUCUGUACUGCAACCCACUGAACUACAGUUACCUGUUGCCCUACGUCUCCCACUGGAGGAACCUGCAUCUGUACUGCAUGACAGAGGCAGAGUAUGAAGAUGAGGAAGCUGCGGAGGAAUUCAAAAUCUCCAGCUUUGUCAGGAUGGUUCAGGACUGCCAUCGCAUCGGAGUACCGUUCAGCUCCCAGGGACACAUCCAGAAGUUUGAUAUGUUUAUGGUGGAACAGUGGCCCCUGAUUCAAGCGUUUGCCUUGGAAGGCAUCGGUGGAGGAAGCUUCUUUACCAUCAAAUACAAGCUUAUAGAUAUAAGUGAGAAACUUUGGCAGGUGUACACCAGACUGGACCCAGUGUCUCUGGCUAGUCUACUCGCUGAGGACUUGAUUAACUUUGAGAAGCAGUGGAGUGGCUUUUUCUCCAGCAUGGACCUGGAGAGUCAUCUGUCCAUCCUGGAACUGUCUGAAGCUCAGGCCGGAGAGUCAUUCCGUUCGUAUUACUCUCACGGACUGAUCUCCAGCAACAUCACAGAUAAAAGGAAAAGCCAGCAGCCCUUUGUGAUGUUUGGGAAGCACUCGUCAUCAGAGGACCUGGAGAACGAUUCCUUCAACUUCCCUUCAGAGAGUCAUCAGGUCCGCAACACGGGGCCUCAGGGUUCUACAGCCACACACAUGGUUCUGCAGUGUGUGGCUCCUAAAGGACCCUUAGCCUGCUCCAGAACUUACUUCUUUGGGACGACCCACUCUCCAUACCUGGGAAAUCAAACUAAGGAUCCGAAGAAAAUCGAAGUCUUACUUUUAUCACAGAUUUAUUCAGCUGCCGUCCAAGCCGUCCUUUCAGGAAUCAAGUGCUACUCCUGCACCUCGAGUGCCACCAAAGCCAAGGAUGUAGCAGAGACCACUUUCCUUGUGGCUUUGGACUCGAUGAGCUUAAGCCAGUACCGCAGUUAUCUCAGGUCCAAAUGUGAAUUCAGCAUUCAAGCCGUGAACAAGGAAGGGAGGAUCAUCCCUCUGACUGACAAGCAAAGCCGUUAUGUAUUAAAAACAGCCUCCAUGACCGUCCACGACAUCCCCGACCUGCAGAGCAACAGAGGCGACCUGGGCUCUGCAGUCUUCUCCGAAUCCUUCUUAGAAUCCAGCAUCAAUAUCCAGCAGAAAGAUGGCACUGUGUCCUCAGACAGCUGCUACACCAUCCUGACUACAACCGUGCCUCGCUAUGCCUGCUGGCCGAUGGAAGCGGAUGUGAAGCAAUCUGAGCAAGCCCAGCAUCUUACCAAGAAGGAGGAAGGCACUUGCUUGGGAACUGCUCUGACUGUGGCAGAUGCUGCAUAUGCUUUCUCCAGCAGCGAGCUCUCCACGCCUGAAGAAGGAAAGAUCAUCUUCUUCUCUGAGGGAAUCCUGUUCGUCCAUUCUCAGUAUGGGAGCAUUACUCUGUCCAAGGAUCACAUCAACACCAUCAAGUUCUAUGAACCGGACUCAAGUGCCGUGGCUUCUCUCUUUGUAGAGUACGACAACAGCUUCCUCCCACACCUCCCAUUCCCUCUCCACAGCUCUGACCAGUGUAUGGUCUUUGCCCUUCAGCCGAGGUCAAAGAGCCACAGGGCCUUUUAUUCCAAGGUUUUCUCAGUUUGGCAAAGCUCUGAAUCUGGACUCACUCUGCAGCUGCUGGACCAGGAUCGACUGAGCUGGACCCAGAAAAACAUGCACGCCCGACUCCAGAAGCUGCACAACAGUCAGGAGCCUCCAGUGGCCAAACGCAGAGGCAGCCUGAAGCCUUCAUACUCUCAGCUGCCAGAGCAGGACAUGUUCCUUCAGCACUUUGCUCUGAGCAGCAUCGGCCAGGAGCCCAUUCUGUACGACCACCUGGGAGUGCUCUUCCCCUCCGCCGAGCUGAAGAACCCAGUCGCUGGCCAGGGAGACAAGGUGGUCGUUACCAUCGUCACUGGACUAACUGGAAGCCACAAGGAAAGACUCUGUGACUUCCUGAUCCAGCUGAACAAGGAACGUGGACGGUGGGUGGUGUACGAAGCUGGUACCGACAGUUUCUCAGCCUCUCACCUCCAGCAGUAUCUGUCCAGCUUCCUGGAGAGCCAGCGAGGCCGAGGAGGGAAACCCCGUCUGUUGCUGCUGUCCCCUGGUUACACAGAUGUUCUAGAUGUGGUCCAGGCUGUGCUUUUCCACCCUGACCCGGUUAUACAGGCGUGUUUCUCCAUCGGGGCUGUCACUGCCUGUGUGGACCCGUCUGCUUCCUGUUUGGAGCACAGGUUUGCUUUUCCCAAGCUGUUGGAGCAGUGCAGCCAAGGUAUUGUGAGUACAGUGGUGUUCACGGGGCUGACAGCGGAGCAGAAGCACCCUCUCAUGCAGCAUGUUCAGCAGCUGGUACGCUCUGCCAACCCCACUGCAGCCUUCAUACUGGCAGAGAGAGGAGCUGUCACCAGGAAUGAGGAUGUGAAUCUGAUACUGUCUGAGACCAGCUUCCACGAGCCUCAGAUGCUCAGAGCGCGUUAUGUCCUCUACCCUGGAUGGUGCAAAGGGCGCUUCUGCUCCGGUUCUGGGUCUCUGGUCCUCACCCAGCAGCACGUGGCUUUUAACGGGCCCCUGGAGAGGCCUCUAUUUGUUACCCGGUGUAAAGCACUCAAGUCAUCCCUGAAGUCCAGCCCCUUCCGUGGAAACGUGUACAACGUUAAGGGAAAAGUCAAAUUCUCUGACUCGGACCAAGUGAUGGAGGUGAGCUACAACACGGUGAGCGGGAGAAUGAGCGUGGUCUCUGAGCAGAGCGCUGACCCGCCCCCCCCGGGCCCCAGGGAGACCGGCGCCUCCUGCUUCCUGGUCUUUGAUGGCGUGGGCCUGACGGAGGACGGACUGAAGGACUGGAUCAGACUGUGCACCAAGCAGAGACAAACAAAGAAGCCAAAGAAAACUAAAAACAGUCUUUCACCACAUGAAAUCAAGAUUAUACAUAUGACCAGACACCUGGACCCACUGCCAGCGGGGUACUUCUACAACGGUUAUCAAUAUGUGGACAUCUUUGGAGAAAAAAGGUCCUUCCAUCCCAACAUGGAGGAGUUUGAGAAGGAGUACAUUGCCGAGGCCAACAAGGAGAUCGAGCUAUUCAACCAUCAGCUGGAGCUGCUGGGCCAGCCCGACCUGUUUGGUCCAUGAUGGAGUCUGUGUGUGUACGUCCACUGCCUCCAUCGGUCAUAACUCCAAGGCAACCACUGUGGGAGGGGUAGGGAGGGUUACUGGGUUUAUAUACCGAACACUAGGGUGGUCAAUGUGUGUUCACACCACAUGUAUCUGCAGGAAGCACUGCUGCUACAGGUCCAUUCAUUAUCUGUGUCCCAUGUCACACUGUCUCCUAAUGUGGUGGCACCAAAUGACAUCACCACCCGCGGCUGGUUGUGUCACAUCGUGGCUGCUCGCCUCUCUGUCGUCUGCAGCACCGCUAACCGAGUAGUCAGGUGUCGCUUAUCAAAUGAAAAGUGUCAAAUGGAUGUGGUCACUCGUAUUAGUUCAAAUCAAGACACGUUUGUCAAGAGAGGAGACUUGUUCACAGCUGCAGGCAAACCUGAAACCAGAGCCAGAACAAGACUCCAUCUUUAAACCGAUGUGAUUGCACCGCCUAAGCCCGCCAGCUAAGAGACUUUCACAAUUGAAGGGAAUUUCCAGCCGCUCGCUCCUACAGCUUGUGCCUCUCUGUUUAUCACAGUUGGCAAAUUAAAACCUCUAUUUCUGGACAGGCAUGGAUAGCCGUGUGAUUCUGGUGAGCUCCCUGGUGGGGUUUCUCAAGAAUCGCUCCUCCUCUGUUGUCACCCAAUCCACGGCCCACCUGUUAGCUUGUCUGCGUGCCGUGCUGCGGCAGAGGGAGCGCUUGGCCGUGGAGCUGUAAACAUUGGCCAGCCUGUUGGCUGCAGACAGCUGAUGGAUGAUGCCAUUAAUCACAUAGCUCUACGCCACCCAGUGCUUUAUUUUAAGACUCCUAAAGUGAAUCUAAUGAAAGUUCAGAAAAAAGCAGACUUCAGUCCCCACAGCAGUCGUAUUAAAGAACAGCUGAGGCUCAGACUGCUGUCUCUUGAGCAUCAGAAACCUUAAAGCACUGUUUUCUGUGAGUUAAGAUAGUGCUAGUUAACAGUGAGAAACCAGACAGACACAGAAAGGUAGACUAAACGUCCCUGCAGCAACAUUUCACUGUUUCUGUCAAAAUGAUUUAUAUUUUAUUCACGUGUGAACAUUCCUGUUUUGAAGUAUAUAUUUGGGGUUUUUACGUUAGGGUCGGAUGAAGGGAAAAUGACAUAAUCUUGUGAAGCGUUGGGUUAGUCUGGGUAAACACGAGUAGAGCCUCUAGUUACAGGUUCCGAUCAGUGAUGUGAUGUUCCAGAGGAUCCGAGUUAAGGAUCUGAUUCAAUCAGUAGUUAUGCUACUGAUUUACUCGUGUGUCACGCUGAUGUUCCGCUCCUCAGGGUUCCUCCACAGUUUGAAAUUCUGCCACUUUGAAGGAAAAUAUCUGAAGUUUCUGUGUUGUCAUUUUGACAUCAGCAUGUUUUGGUAUAAAACCCAGAUUCCUAAUCAAAUGAGCUUUUCAAGAUAAAAGUCUGGUGAAUCAUUAGAGAUGGAAAGUUGAAAAACGUGUAGGAACCCUGUUACGGUGUCCGGAGAUUUAAUGGCUGUCAUUCAUUACGGGGGUCAGCAGUGUAACAUCCAUACUAAUUAACAAGGAAUUGAUGCAGACUGUAAAUAAAGAUGGACGACACAUCUCCACUUCCUCCCAUUAUGCAGAAAAGAAGCCAGAAUAUCCGGAUAUGAACUCGACCAUCUUAGAGUCAGAGUCUGAACAGGAGUGAUCGAGGAUCCAUUUUUAUAAAAUCAAAUAACUAAUUAAAACAUCAGAGUGGUUAGAACUACCUGAAAUGACAGAAGACAUAUUUCAGAAAAAUGUGAUUGAUCGUCAGGUGGAGAUCAAGACACUUAAGCUUCACUUUUGGCGGAGCUGUCAUGUCGUCCAUCUUUAUUUACAGUCUAAGGUUCUGACAGAAGAACAUUUGAAUGCACUUAGAAACGUGCAGCUGCUGAAACGAUGGUUCGAUGUUUGAGCCUAAAUGCAAAGCAUCAAAUCAACGUGAACAGAGAUCUCCUCAUCGGGGGAAAUGAUUGCUAGCACAGAUAUUAUUUAAAUCUGUGAUGAUGUCAGCGUUCACAUCGCUGGGUCUUUACAUGUUUGUGAUAUCCAGUGAAAUGAAAAUGCUCAAUAGUUGUGUUUUCAGCCGGAACACAAACAGACGAAUGAUCACAUCAUUAGCAAAUGGUCCCCCCC